AUGUCCCAGAAAUUGUCCACCCAUGUGGCCCGGCUAGAGCAACAGGUGAACGAACUGCUUGACCAAUUGGCUCAGUGCAAUCAACACCAUGUCGAUUCGCAAUCGUUCCUAAGUCGCCCGCCCACUCGUCCGUUGACCAUACAUAGUCCCAACUCACCGCAGUCUGUCGUAUCCCCACGUCGUUCGCCUGUUCCACACGAUUCGACAUCACACACAUUUUUUCGACCGCGAUCGGGCACGGAUCGUGGACAGUUUGUUGACGACGAACUGAUUGAUCAGCCUCAACUAUCGUUCGUUCCUCCGUCCGCCUUACCCUUGUCCUGGCUAUCCUCCACACCGUUCCCGGUCAAUCGAGUGACCAGUUGGCCUCUGCUCAGUCCUCGCGUCGGGUUUCCUUGGUCUGUCGAUUUGGAUUUGGACCGAACAGACAUUUACGUAUCGGCCAGGCGACAAACACACUCCCCUUAUGCUGAUUGGCAUUCUACGGCCCCAUUUCAGCGAGGUGUAUCCAAUAUCGAGGAGGAACUGAAUCCAGGAUUACCAGCAAAUGAUACAAAGGCCCUCUCGACUUCCACUGGUCACUGUCCUCGGAUGGACAAGUCCACGACGAACAGUAAGCAACAGGGUUUGGAGAAGAAGAAUUUGAUCCAGCCCGAACCUGCUACGACCGAAUCCACACAGAUUUCCAGUGCUAGUCCCUCGUCACAGAAUAGUACCUCGGAGAGUGGACCAAUGUUGAGAGAACUGCAAGACCUGUUAGAUGAUGCUGCCUUCAUUCGCCGUUUGGAAAAUAUUUACGCCUUGAAACUGCAAUGCGGAGUGCCUUCGUUAACUUCCACCGAUUACCAACCGCAGUACAAGCAACUAUUUCGAGAUGCUUUUCGUAUGUUGCGCGAAUUGAAACGUGGCAAAAUGCCACAUCGAAUGGUCCCCGUGGUGGAGGAAAAAUCUUGA